CCGUUUCCCACUCGCCCCGCUCUUGGACCGCGGUAGAGGCAUUAUUGUGAUUGACCGGUCAACCUCAGCCUCAUAUGACACCGGUAGGUAGCUGAACGAUAUGAAUGGCGCAAGGAGUGCAACUCUCCGCCAAUUGCCUGGGUACUGCACUUACGUACCACGGUGUAGUACCUAGAUCGAGGAGAUGCCGUUGUCCUUGAAUUGUGUAUCACGAGUUACAUUAUGUGUGUUUUCAAUGUUACGACUAUUAUUUGGAAUGGGAUGGGUAGAAUGCGAGGGCUGAAAACGAAGCCGCUUCCCGUGUCCAAGAGCAUGAUUCAUGAUAACCUACCCUACCUAUCCCACGGAUAUUAGCUAGCAGUGUGCUUUUCUUCUUCGUUUCUCUAAAACCCACCUUUCUCCAUGACCCACACCACACACUCCGCCCUCGAGGUCCAACGUCCACCCCAAGCCGUGUAUCUGGGACAAGAGCGGCGACCAUACUCUAGGAGAAACAACCCCUAACCAUGGACGUUCGGAUACAGAACUAAUUCCCUUCCAUGGCUGUUCCGUUAUUACUAGCUGCGUAGGUGCAACUCUACGACAGCCCGAGUCUUCAUCCCAUUCCUAAACAACCUUCUGCCGGGGGGGGGGGGAACUUUAGGCACUGGAAGACCCGUGGCGGUCACAAAGUAACUACAGUACAUACAUUACGUACGAUCGCACUAAUACUUGCAUACUCCUCGCUUUACUAUGCGUACAACUGGCUAUACUCCGUCCAAAGGACCAACUUGCGAUAAGUUAUGGAAGUUGAAUAAAUAAUAGGGUACCUACCUACUGUGAAAAAUGUAAAAUCUGAAUGGGAUGCUGUGUUUUUUCAAUUCUCGGGAGGAGAGGGGGGGGGGGGUUUGUUCUGUCCCUGUCUGAAAAUCAUUCUUCUCUGAUACGAAACAGUACCUCUGUUGACUGAUGUUCAUGCCAUGCUGUGUUUUUGUAACUGAUGGAGAAAAAGAGAGGCCGGGGAGGGGAUAUAUUGAGAUGUCACAUCACCUGCACCUGGAAGCCACUCUCUUCCCAACUUCCCAUUAUCAUCUUGUUGUGACACAAAAACUGCCUUAGAUCAUGGCAGGGGAGCUUCAGGGUUGAGUUAGAGGUGUGAUCACUUGUUGUUCUAUAUCCGCAUGAGGGUCAGGAGUUGUGGAGCUGGUUGGAACUCAGCAGGGCAGGGACCUAGAUUUAUAUAGAGGAAAUAUAGGGGAAAAGAGAGAAAGAAAAGGAAAGAAAGAAAGAAAGAAAGAGAAAAACCACCAACCGAGAAAAAAUGAGGAGUAUAUAUUUAUUAACUGAAGAAAGGAAAAAAGGGUGCAGUGGUGAACUGACUGGCAUCGCUAUUAUUAUUAUUUAAUAAGUAGUGCUGUGUGUUAACGCUGUAUGUUGGCCCUCGGGAUGAAUCGGAGGAAAUCUACCAGGCAGCAAUGGCAAACUCAGGCAGCAAAACCCCAAUCCACGGCCCGAGCACAAGGUAUCUAGGGAAAGUAACUCCUCGGAGGGCACUUACUCGGACAUACAAAAGGCUCCCUUUGACUCAUAAAGCUCUCGUUAAAUCUUCCUCUUUUUUUUUCUUGUCACCCAUUAGGCCUUACAUACUCGUUGUCUUGGAAGUCUUGGAUUUCUUGGAAUGGUUCCGCUUCCCGCUCCGAUUCCCGCCAUUUGGCGCCCGUGGCCCUGGCCUUGGCGUCAACACCACUCGGCUGUCUUCCAUCCCGGCUGACUAAUAGGCGAACGGGCGUCGACAAAAGCCGCGCUCCUGGCCAAUUACAUGCCGCCAGAAUCAAAUCGCUCGCCCAAUGAAGGGCUUUGACGGGCUUGAGGGAUUUCUCUAAGGGCUGGGCCUCGCGGUCCCGUGACCUAAGUUUUUUUUUUUCGGAUGUUGACGACAUUGAAGGCGGGAUUGGAUUGGGGCUUGGUUGGGCGUGCUUACGAACGGGUUUGAUAUCGUUUUCUGUUCCAGACAUCAGGAUAUUGUCUCCUUUCCCCGGUGAAGAAACCAACCGAUCGGAUGAGGCCACUGGUUGCUACGUGUGCUUUUGCGGCCAAUCAAUCCUUCGGCAAUCGGGGGUUGGUUGGCCUUCCGUUUCAUUUGCUAUGAAGAGCCGAUGGCUGAGAACUUUUGCCGUAGAGCAAAAUGAGUAUGCACUUCAGCUGCGUGGCUAACAAUGUUAUGACGGAGCUUACAUAGAGAGCAAUCAUACGUUUCGUUGGAUGGAUUAGCUGGCAGGGAUUAAACUUUCCAUGACGGGAGCUUGAGAGCUACGUACCUAGGUACGGAGUCAAGAUAUCCACUCUGUCGUCAAUCAUUUUCUUUUUCAUCUAACCUAUGCUUUCGCACUCGGUUCUUUGCUCCACCUGGGUCAAGCGGGAGGAAAUGGCAUAUGUAUAUAGGGCGGCCAAUUCUCUCCUGUUCGGUCCAUGUUUAAUCUGGAAAUGUAUCAUCCAACUAAGAAUAUACUUCAAUAAUAUCAUUCAUUCCUUUCCCUACCACGCGUUAGACAAGAACCUCCUCCUCCCUUUCGUCCAUUCUCCGUCUUGCUACCUCGAUACCCAUUUGCAUCUAAUCGCCUCAACCCGAUAUCCCAACCUCAAACACCUUCCUUAUCAAAGUCCCACCAGAUAAACCUAACACGACCAACAUGACCGUCAUCAGCGGCCGCACCAUAACCCACAUCGACGAGGCCUCCCUCGCAAACCUCAAAUCCCGCCUCAGCUAUGUCAAGGGCUUCCUCCACUUCACAGAGAAAGACGGCGCCUUCAUCCAAGCCGCCAAGGAGAUCAUCGCCCCCGCCGUCCCCGCCGUCCUAGACGCAGUCUACACCCGCCUCCUCUCCUUCGACAUCACCGCCAAGUCCUUCGUGCCCCGGCAGCCAGAGCAGGACACCAACGAACCAGCCGCGGCCGGCAGCGUCGCAGAGCUCGCGCUCGACCACCCAAACAUCGUCCACCGCAAGGACUUCCUCAAAAACUACCUCGUCCGCCUCGUCAGCAACAAGGACUGGUCCGACGAGAGCUCGUGCUGGGGUUACCUGGAUAAAGUCGGCAUCAUGCACACGGGUCAGGCGGGCUUCAGGCAUCGGGAGAAGCGGCCCAAGCUGCGCGUGGAGGUUAUGCAUAUGUCGCUGCUGCUGGCGUUUGUGGAGGAGAUGGUGCUGCAGGCUAUUCUGGGCGCUGAGGGGGUGGAUUUGCAGACGAAGACGGGGAUGAUUACGGCGUUUAAUAAGUUGUUGUGGAUUCAGAAUGAUCUAUUCCAGAGACAUUACGUUGCUAAAAAGCCGGAGUAGAUUGGGGACAUUUGGGAUUCAUGGUGUUUUUUUUCUUUUCUGGUUAAUUCCCCCCUUUUUGCUUCCUCUUCAUUUGUUCUCCCCUUGGUACGUAUUCCAGAUAGAUGGGUAUAAAAGUACGGGAUACGGGAUAACGAGGAUUCUGCUUCCUGCUGGCGUAAGAUGGGGGAAAAAACGAAAGGGGAAUGAAUAAAAGAUACAGGACACAGGGGAUGCGGGAUACAAAAACGUUCCCGGCUCCCAAAUAGCGCAUAUAUACAUAAUAUACAUAUAUACACAACUUGGAUUAGAUGAUAGAAACGGCCCCACUCUAUAGAGCUUACGAAUAUGAAGUCGGUUCAUUUUUAUUGCUUUCCUGUCAAUGCUUCCUUGGCUAUAUUUAUGUACAUGUACGUAAAUAUGGGGUAGUGAGGAUGGAGGGCUAAUGAGUGAGGUAGCUAGCUACAUUGACUCAAUUCACCUAUGUACCGACCGAGAAAAGGAAUUCAUAAAUAGGAUACAUUCCUUCAUCCACAUGGAUAUAUCGCGGAUUUUUAAGAGGGUAGAGAGAACUUUAAAAAAUCACAGGUCGUGUGUUAGAUGGUUCCUAUUAUAGAAAGCGGCGAUGGGAUUAGCAAGGACCGAACAUCUAGUUACGGGGGAAAACACACAAGCAUCCAUCCCACAAGGGCCUCUUUCACCCUUCAGCCCUAUUCAAUGGGCUGUGGCCAAAAAAAAAAAAAAAAAAAAAAAAAAAAAAACCCAGCACAAAGGAAGGGUCAUUGUCCACACAAAAUAACAACACUCCAGACAUUGCCAAUUAGCUUAGGUGCAUGUCUAUCAACAGCAAGCAACAUGACCCGUGCGUAGGUCUGGAUGGCAGCCCGUAUGUGCUGGGGUUAUUACUACGGAAGCCCUUUGGUAGUUGGUAUGUGAACAAAGGACUCGGGCGGAUGAUGAGUAUGUUUGUAUCUUCUCUAUCUCACCCGCCUGGUGUUCAGAGACAGAGUUAUUGCUUUCCAUCCAAUAUUUCGUUGCGGGGGUGGUUGACAGUGCAGUCAGGAGAUGGAGAGAAAGAGGUAUUCCACAAUUUUCUUCACGCCCGCGCCAGGAUGCUAUACGGAACGGGAGAAAUCAUCAAUUGUCCUUAAAAUAAAUUGUUUCUCAAAUAGAGGAAGGGGGUUUAACUCUCCUUUGUGCCAGCCCGUUGGCGCUGUCCGCAGGAUUAAGGCGAAAAGGUCUGGCCGUGUGUGUUGUGUGUGUGUAUGUGCAUGGAGGAGGAAUGAAUAUAUGCGCGUAGCUGACAUGUUAAAAUGACAGUACAGAUAAUGGGAAGGAAUUAUUCGUAGUUUUUCGGCGUGUGAGGGGGGUCCGACAUUCUCGGAUUUAUUUUGACGGCUUGCUUGGGAUCCUUGGUUUUUAUCAGUGGAGAGCGCAUCUUUCAGGAGUCGUCACUAGAAUAUGGGGGCAGUAGUAGUAUUUGGAUAUUUGGAGUCAGCGUUCAAUACCCAGGACACUCAACGGUCCAAUGAAAAUUGCAAGCCAA